AUGGCUAGAAAAAAGGUGAAACUUGCUUUCAUCAUGAAUGAUGCAGCAAGGAAAACCACGUACAAGAAAAGGAAGAAUAGUGUAUUGAAGAAGGUUGAUGAACUGAGUACCCUGUGUGGAAUUGAAGCUUGUGCUAUAAUUUAUAGCCCUUACAAUUCUCAACCUGAGAUCUGGCCUUCAUCAUGCGGAGUUCAAAAUGUUCUUUCAAAAUUCAAGACAGUGUCUGAAUUUGGGCAACGCCAUAAAAUGGUGAAUCAAGAGACUUUUUUGAAACAAAGGGUUUUAAAGGCCAAAGAGCAACUAAACAAGCAAUGGAGAGACAAUAAGGAGAAAGAGAUGGCCAUGCAUAUGUUUGAAUGUCUCAAUGCUGGGAAAAUUGUGUCUGGCAAUAUGUCUAAGGUUGAUUUGAAUAAUUUGUCAUGGAUGAUUGACAUGAAUUUGAAAGACAUUGGUAGAAGGUUGGAUAACAAUACUAAUAGUCAAGAUGAAUUUGAAGCGGCACUACUACCUCCACAAGCAUCAGCAUCCCAUAAUGAAGAUAUUGAAAUGAAUAAUGUUGAUAUCAUGGUGAAUAAUCAUGGAGAUGAACCAAUUCUGUUUGAUAAUGAUGUUAAUCUUGAAAAUGAAUUUUGGAAUGGUAUCAUUCUUAAAGAGGAUGACUGGGAUAUUAUGGAAGUGGUUGAGAAUAUUAAAGUCAUGAUUUGUAAGAUAGUUGUUAUGGCAAGAACAAUUGGUUAA